AUGGAGGAUGGCGAUGACAUAUUGCCUAAUGGCCAACAGGCAGUAGGCUUGAGCCAUGAUAACCAUGUAUCACAGGAGAAAUUCUCUUUUGACUUUUCGACUAACCGAUCUGGCUAUGGGAGUUCAUCAGAAGAUAACUCGUAUGGCUUGAUGGUGUCCGAUUUGCCUUCUCGGCCGAAUAAAAACCCGUCCUACUUGGUGCCUGAAGCGGCAGAACACUCAGGCAACGACGCGAUAUCAAAUAUUCGAGACUCUUUGGAUGAAAAGGCACGGGUCUUGGCGCCGGUAGCGUCUAUGGAAGUUAUCGGGCAAUCAUCAACAGCUGACUCGGAGAUGAGAGCACCGCAGGUUGAGGAGACUGAUAUUAUGUAUCAUGGCCAGAAGCUUCAGGUUUCCUUGCCUUUUAUUCCGUCCGAUGUCCGAGAUCAAUACCAGGAGGUGCAUAGUAAUGCCGUGGAGAGGAUAUUGGACCUGACGGCUUCGCCGGAUGAUGGAGAGCUUUUGACAGUAGAGUUAACAGACGGAACACAAUGCAUGAUCCCUUUGUUGAAUCUCGAAGGAUUCGAAAACGGCUCGCAGGCUCUUGAAACCUAUUUUAUGGGAAUGGAACGAACUGGGAGAAAGCGCAAGUCUGCGCCUAACGAUGAUUGGGAAUCUGGCAGUAGCUCCAACGGUUCAGACGUCAUGGACCUGGAUACCGACAUGGAUGCGGAAGAACCCAAUGAACCCAUCGCAGCCAGCCGCAGCCGUAGGCAACGAACUCAAGAGCCAACCACUUCGAGGAAUGCGACGGAAUCAAAUCCAGAAACUAGUGACGACUCCGACGCUGUAAUAUUGGACACUCGUCGACGUAGCCUUCGAAGGAGACAGCCCAGGUUUCCGCAAGCGUCACUUCAGGAAGCAGAACAUGAUGGCCCCUCCAGAAGCUCAAGAGAUGAAGACGGUGACGAUUUUAUUCUGCCAGUCGUUUCUGAUAUCGCCGGCACUAGACGUAGAACCAAGGGCUCUAUGUUGCGAUCCCGGCGACCUCCCGCCCGAAAACGCGCGUCCACACGAAGAGGUGCUGUUGACUCCGAUAUAGAAUUUGAGCCGCCCAGGCGAUCGUCCCGGGCUAUGCAAAAUGUCAGAUAUAUGCAGGAUGACAUCGACUUGGACGAAGACUCGUUUACUCAAGUUGAAGAGAAGCCUGGCAUUCCAAAGAUUGCCUCAGUCAAGGAACUUUUUCGACCUGUAUCUUCGGAUUCUUCUUUUGCAGUCGUACACACGAACACGUGCCAUACCUGUGGCAGUGCUAACAACCGAAGCCAGAUUAUCUACUGCCAAGGUUGUAGUUAUUCCUACCACAGACAUUGCAUCGGUAUUCGAAGCGCGCGCGAGCAUCUAGUCACGAAAGUGGGAGAAGCCAAUUUCGUGUUACAGUGCCGGUUCUGUAUUGAGAUACAUCAGAAGAAAGAUCCUCUAGCCCCACGACGUUCAGUGUGCCAAUCCUGCAAGACGGCAGGUCGUUCUUGCGCACCAUUUUCUCAAAGGCAGACAGCCCGGCAAGAAGAGAAAUUAAGAGAACAGAACGGUGGAGUCGAUCCUAUCACCAGUGUGCCAGAUGAACUGGUCAAUAAUUCAAAAAAUGUUCUUUUCCGCUGCACUCGCUGUAACCGAGGCUGGCACCAGCAUCAUUUACCCUUGAUCGGUAGCCCAAGUCCUGGGCGAGAGCAGGAGAUUGGAGCACUUAAGGACUACUCCAUCGACUGGCAAUGCAAUGAAUGCACUUUGGCGCAACAAAAGAUCCAUCGGCUUGUGGCCUGGCGAGCAGAACCCACGGCCAGCACAGCACGUCCAGCUUUUGCACAGCUCUCUGAUGAUGACAAGGAAUAUCUAGUCAAAUGGGAGGGCAUGUCAUACUUCCACUGCACAUGGAUGCCAGGCGCGUGGGUAUUCGGUGUUGCGGCUUCUGCAAUGCGAGCGAGUUUUGCAAAGAAAGCCCUGGAAGUUGACUUAUUCAAAGUUACUGAGAAGGAAGCCAUUCCCGAUGAAUACCUGAUGAUCGAUAUCAUUUUUCGGGUGAAGCUGGACUCUGCCGUAAAGAGAGCUAACUCCAGGCAAGAAGAUAUAGACAACCUCCCAUACAUCAGCAAAGUACUGGUAAAGUUCCAGGGUCUCGGGUACGAUGAUGUGGUAUGGGACGGACCACCAUCGACUAACUCGGGCGAACUUUACGCCGCCUUCAAAGUUGCAUAUGAAGAAUAUCUUGCUGGGAAGUACUUUGAGCACUCUUCGCAAAGCAGGAUGAGAGAGCGUAUAAAAGCAUUCAAAGACAAAGAGCUCGAGGAAGUUGAGGUUCAACCAGCCGGACUCAAGAGAGGGAAACUGAUGGGAUAUCAGUUAGAAGGUCUGAACUGGCUAUUAAAUAACUUUCACAGCGGGCGAAGCGUCGUAUUAGCAGAUGAAAUGGGACUCGGCAAAACCGUUCAGGUCAUCAGCUUGGUGGUGUACCUUGUGCAAGAAAAGCCCAGGUGCUGGCCGUUUCUUAUUUCGGUCCCAAAUGCAACAUGCCCGAAUUGGCGUCGAGAGUUUAAACAAUGGGCGCCGGAGCUGCGAGUAGUCACCUAUCAUGGGGGUCAGGAGUCGCAGGACCUCGCGUACAAGCACGAACUCUUCCCACAUGGAUCGCGAGAAAUGGCCGCUCACGUCGUUAUUAUGUCUUAUGACUCCACCCAGGACCCAAAAACUAGUCAACGCUUCAGUUCUGUUAAGUGGGCAGGCCUGGUUGUCGACGAAGGCCAGCGACUCAAGAACGACCGCAGUUUGCUUUACCAGGCCCUGCGUGUCAUGAAGAUCCCUUUUCGAUUGCUGCUGACUGGAACUCCGUUGCAAAACAACAAAAGAGAAUUGUUCAAUCUGAUUCAAUUUAUCGACCAUUCGCAGAGUGCCGAGAAACUUGACGAGGAAUUCGAAGUCCUCAAUAAAGAGACUCUGCCGAGGCUUCAUGAAAAGAUUCGGCCAUAUUUCUUGAGAAGGACCAAGGCCGGGGUUCUCAAGUUUCUGCCCCCAAUGGCCCAGAUUAUUUUGCCGGUUACCAUGACGGUAAUUCAGGAAAAGCUCUCAAAGAGUAUAAUGGCAAAAAACCCCCAGCUUAUCAAAGCGAUUUUUGCCAACAGUAAGAUGAACAAGAAGGAGCGAGGAUCCCUCAACAAUAUUCUGAUGCAACUUCGCAAGUGUCUCUGCCACCCUUUCAUGUACUCUGAAGCAAUUGAAGAAAAGCACGACGACCCAGUCGUUAUCCAUCGCAAUCUCGUGGAAGCUUCGGCAAAGCUCCUGCUUCUGGAACAAAUGCUUCCGAAGCUGAAGGAGAGGGGACACCGGGUUUUGAUUUUUAGCCAGUUUCUCCAACAGCUAGAUAUUGUUGAGGAUUUUCUUGCUGGCAUUGGCUAUCAAUACAGGCGACUCGACGGGCAGCUUUCAAGUUUGGAAAAGCAGCGUCGCAUCGAUGCUUUUAACGAGCCAGGCUCUGCGAUAUUUGCAUUUUUACUAUCAACACGAGCGGGAGGUGUCGGUAUCAACUUGGCCACAGCGGACACAGUUAUUAUCAUGGAUCCCGACUUCAAUCCGCAUCAAGAUAUUCAAGCUUUAUCACGGGCCCACCGUAUUGGUCAGAAGCAGAAGGUGCUUUGUUUUCAACUUAUGACCAAGGACACAGUUGAGGAGCGAAUCAUGCAGAUUGGCAAGAAGAAGAUGGCUCUCGAUCAUGCUUUGAUUGAAAGCAUGGACGAUGAUGAAAUUGCUGGGGAUGACUUGGAGUCCAUCCUAGCCCACGGCGCACAGGCACUAUUCAGCGAUGAUUAUCAAAAAGGUGCUAUACAUUACGAUGGACCUGCUAUUGACAGACUUCUAGACCGAUCUCAAACCGAGCAGACAAAGGUUGAUGAUGAAGGCUCUGCGGAGGCUCAAUUCACUUAUGCCAAGGUUUGGUCGAAUGAUAAAGCAAACUUGGAAGAUGAAUUGGAAGCAGCUGCCGAGGCUGAAGCCCCCGAGCCAAUUUCCUCCAGUGUCUGGGACAAGAUUCUUGCAGAAAGAGAAGAGGAGGCUCGCCGCCACGCCGAAGCAAAUCAAGAGAGGCUGGGAAGAGGAGAAAGACGCCGAACAACUCUGAACUACAAGCCCGAUGCAUUAGCCGAAUAUCUCCAGGAUGGCGCUGCGCCUAAUGCCUCAGAUUCUUCUUCUGAUGACUUCGCCGGCGCCGAUUCUUCGUCUUCAGACGAGGACAAUGAAGCAGAAGAAAACGACCUCGAUGACCUUGCAACGAAACAACGGACUAUCAAAAUCCAAGGUGUCCAAGACGUCAGGACGUCCCAAAUCAAAACCGCGCACGACUUCAGUGAAGACGAGCUUCAGGGGCAAGACCACGUCUACCAGCCCAAAACCCAAGCCCAGCCCUAUCGGACGAAGCAAACAUUGCAAACCGCUACAGCCCUCGAAAAAGGUAGUAUCCCCAAAAACACCAGUAAAAAGGCCAAACUCAGAUACAGGAACCCGAAUUACGUGCCCCCGCGACACGGUUCUGUCCCCUCAAAUGAAAAGACGUACCGCCAACCCGCACCUUACGCCACGAACCUCCCCAGCAUCGUCGAAUCCCAUCCGAGAAACUUCUCCAAUGGGGUCGCCUAUUCCGCCUCCCCUGCCCCUGACCCCUUUGUCCCGCCCCAGGCCCAAACACGCCCAAGCAAUGCGGCAGCAGAAAUAGGGUCUGUUGGCGCGACACCCGGAUCUCCGGCAUUAUCGUAUUCAAGAAUACAAUCUACUCAGCCACCAAGACAACAUGCUGAACCCUCACUUACCUGGCGCUCCUGGGCUCUAUUACGGAUUCCAGUAGAGAAGCUCUCCGAAUCCAGUAUACGACUGGCUAUAGAUACUAUUCAGCAUCUCCCAGUUAAAGAAGACUCAAGACUUACGCAAUUGCAGAUGCUGGAAACGAGAUUACAACAAAUUAAUCAGCAAGAACAACGACGUGGGUCUGGUUGA